UUUCAGUCAUUUGAAAGGUUGCGCCUGUUGAUGUGUUCGUGCGCGUCUGCUCGGAAAAAUCAGAGAGCGUGUAUGAAAUCUUCUGAUUCUUGUACGAUAAUUCAUACAAUUAAGACCUAGUUUCCGAUGCCACCUUAUUAAGGCCACGAUAUUGUUGUGAGUUUGUGUGUGAAGACAGACGCUCGUUGCAGAUGUCUAUUAGAUCAACUGUAACAGUAUAAGGCCAACUAAACUGUACAGAUUAUCGGUUGAAUGCCGACUUCAUUCGGUGUGUAUUAUAUUGUGUGUCUGGAGUAAAUUGUUAAAUUUACUGUGUUUUGCGUGGUUUGUUACCCACUUUUCUAUCGGCAUCAUAAUUUCUUGAGCAACAAAGCCUAAUCAAGCGUGACAGUGAUGCCGGUGGAUACUUAUGCUUAAUCGGAAUUAAGUAGCGGAUAUGCGCACGCGUUAGCAUCUGCUUAUGGUUGUGUGAUUUUGUGUAUUCAUGUUGCAUAUUGGAAUUUUCCGGAAUACAGAACAUUGUAAUUAUAUCGCCACUAAACGUCCACAGUUGUUAUAGUCCGCUUUUUUCCGCUCGACCUGUCGUGUGUGUGACAGGUUGGGCUUGAAAUGGUUCCGUAUUGGCUGUUGACGUUUUAUCCCGCUGCUUUUAUUGUAAUUUGCCCGCUUCUCUAUCUACGCCCGGUCGAUGCUCAGGAUAUUCAGUCCGCCCCGCUACAGUACAUAAGUUACAGUGCAGUUCCGAGGCUUCCCUUUUCCGAAAACCUUUUACGGUUGCGGGAUGGAACUAACAUUAUGGGUGCGACCAGAACCGCCCGAACGGAAUCACUUCGCAGCUACGAUACAUGCCCGGCCAAUUCCGAGUGUACAUUUAUGUCCAAGUGCACCACAUUACGCCGUGUACAGCCGACGGUGCGCUGUGAUGUAGCACUCAACGAAAUGCAGUCGGCCAUUAGUAUGCGUCUUCCGGGCGGAGUGUGUUGUCGCACCAAAAUGUCUGCCGCUAGCAGUGCAGAUACGAUGGUCAACUCGCAAACAUCUCUGUUUACCCCCGUCACUUCUGGAGAGUCCAGUUAUCUUCCCAACAGCAACCGGAAAUCAGGUCAUCUUGUGAAUUUUGUCCAGUCCCCCAAUUCCGCCGGCGUGCAUUAUGCGCCCGGUAGCAAAACCCCGCUGAUUUUUACCGAUCCUGGAAAGGAAUCGUCCGUUAGCUACAUUCCAGGAGAAGCGCCGGUCAAUAAAAUUAAGCAAAAAAUGGAUGCAGUUGUGCCUGCUGCGGACGAGUUAAUGAUACCAAAACCAGUCGCAACAGAGCCUUCAAAAUUACCGAUUGAGGGCUCAGUGCCUCUUGCCGUCCUCACUCCUCCGCCGCCGAAACCCAUCAGUGCAACUGCAAAUCAAAAUCCACCGCCGCCAUCGAACGACGCACCAAACACCCAGGUGUUGUUCCAAACCGCUGCCAUCUCGCAGGAAACACCACCGCCCAACACCACUCCCCAACCACUUCCUGCAGGCGGGUUUAGUCCUCCACAACCCCAGUGGGUCUACUCAGUACCAACGAAUCAGCAGCAGUACAAUGCACCGGUACAACAAAUUUACAAUGCACCGGUUUCCCCGCAGCCACCGCAGAUGCCUAUGCAGUGGCCAGUACAGCAAAUACCGGCCGCGCCAGCGCAACCGAUGCAGAGCACAGGUGUCCAGAACACAAUGGGAAUACUGCCCAAUUUAGCUGGCAAUCCAUUUCCCGCUUUUCCGGGUGGUCAAAAUCGACCAGUAAUCGAAAUGGUGCAGCAAAAUGGUCAGCUCAUUCAGACAUUCUCCGGUUUUCCUUCCGCCCAAUUGUUCCAACCAGCGCAGCCUGCUCAGAAUUACACAGUUUUGCAACAAAAUCCGCCAGUGCCACCGCCGAUGCCCGCACCAGCUCCAUCCAGUAAUCCACCAGGGAUCCCUAGUGACACUCAACAAACAUUUUGUGGAGUGAGGGAUAAUUUGUUCACACAGGGACGGUCACCGCGAGUAUUGGGAGGACGACCGUCUGAAUUUGGUGCUUGGCCGUGGAUGGCAGUGAUUUCCAGUUCGAAACGUCUGCGGUGCGGUGCAACAAUUCUCAAUGAACAGUUCCUCGUGACCGCAGCCCACUGUGUUUACAAGAAUUUUCAAUAUGGCUAUUAUCAGGAUCUCAGCGUGCAGAUCGGCAUCUUCAGUAUGGAUGAUUAUCAGCCGCCGCAAUUCCAACCGGAAACCGUCCGAAUCCUGCGCGUUUUCAUUCAUCCACUAUUCAAUACGUCGCAGUCCUCCUUUGAUGUCGCACUCAUUCAGCUGACACAACCCAUUGUGUUCAAGCCACAUAUUAAACCAAUCUGUUUACCCAGUUUUGAGCACGUGGGCGAAAUGGGAACAGUGCUGGGGUGGGGAAAAAGAAAAGAAACUGAUGACCGCUCCAAUUUACCGACGGUACUUCAGGAAGUCGACAUGCCGAUACUUUACCCAUGGCAAUGCAUUCUCGAACUGCGAAGCAAUAAGAUCUUCGACGAUGUUGGACCGCAAUUCGUUUGUGCCGGUGGCAAAGCCAACCAAGAUGCUUGUCGAGGUGAUUCGGGUGGACCACUGCUCGCGCUGACUAAAGGUCAGUUUUGGGAGAUUGUUGGAAUUGUCAGCAAAGGUUACGGAUGCGGAAAAGAAAAUGUACCGGGAAUCUACACCAAUAUCUGGUUCUUAAAGGACUGGAUUGAGACAACUGUUGCGUCCAACUGGAAUACUUUCAAUAUAUUUAAUCCGUUUUUUCUAAGAGAUCGUAGCGAUGUUUUCAACAAUUAUUUUAGAUAACAUCAGACGAAUGCGUGUAAAAGAUGGAAAUGGUCUUUCUCACUAAGGUGCACGGAAUUUAAGUCGGCGUGCUUCAGAUGUAAAAGGUCAAGGAUUUGGCACUCCUUGAUAAGCUGACUAACCGUGAAAGUGGUUCGACCCUUUUUGUUGAUCUGUGAUUGUUAUUCUGUUUUUUUAGUUAGUAGUCGCACCAGAUUCAUCCCCGUUGAUCGAAAAGUAGUUUAUAUUUUGGGUUGUGAGCUGUGGGAGUUUUUCGUCUUGUCAUAAGUUGUCGCAGUGUGUCAAAGCCAGUUAUCACUCAUUUGUAUG